AUGGCUCCCUCCCCAUCUCCCCUCUACGAUCUUCCAUUUGACGAGCUUCCGAAUCCCUGUCGGGUCUGGGUGGGAGAGCCAGGUAGCGAGGAAGAAGACCAGGCAGCGAGUCACCUUGCAAAGGGAUAUGCCCAGGACCAGUCCAACAAGCUUAUUGGCACCCAUUUCUGGGCCCAAAAAGGCAUUGCAGGCCGUGGUAUUCUUACCGACGAUGCAUCCUAUUCUAAUAAGAAAGGCAUAGUAUUUAACAGCUUCUCUUCUCACGAGGUCAAGUUGGCCAAGAUCCAAGAUAUUGUCAAAGAAUACAAUAGCACUAUCCAAAAAGGAGACUUACUUUUCUUGCGUGCUGGAAUCACGCAUGACUGGGACAACAAGAUGUCUUUCGCUGAGAAGACAGAAUACGUUACCAAGGCAGUCCCUGAGCUGGUCGGUGUGGAACCUUUACUGUCGUUGCAGGUGAUAGUAUAUCGUUUGAGGUGUGGUCACCACGUAAUCCGGAUGUCAUGCUACAUCAUUAUCUCCUAG